GAAUCUCAAUUUCUGUGUCAUUUCAUAAUGGAGUCCAAAAUAAAAAUUGGAAGGAUCUCUACUCACCCCACACGACACGCUUUCUUUUGGGGGGAGGGACGAGAGAGAGGGGUGACUCUAUAUGGAGGACGAAGACCCUUGAAUUUCUCGGCCCAGCGAAGACAUAAGUAAAGCUUAAGGAAUUGCCCAGACCGGAUGAAAAUCAGGGACAGACCGGAGAGAGAGAGAGAGAGAGAGUGGAGUCAAUUUUGAAAUCUAACAGGCUCCAAAAUUCCAAUCUCCCGUACCAAAUCCUGCGCAAAUGAAAACCCAUAUCCAAAAUCCUUCCCUCUACAAAACCCAGACCGCAGUUCGUCGGUUUCGGUGUGUUUCUCCUGUUAGUUCAUCGACAUCCUCUGUUUUGUGUUUCAUGUGUCUAUACGAUUCUUCUGUUUGAUUUCCAACCCGUAGAUGAAAAUUUCCCGUCUGGCUUUCUGUAAUUGAUGCCGGUUUCGGUUUCGGUUUCAUUUCAUCAAUAAAUAUUUAUCUUUUCCGGGCUUGUUUUUCAACCUAUCCAGGGCCGCUACAUAAUUUCUUUUCGUAGUCUGCGAUUCUCGUUCAAUGUCUUGUUUCCAUUGUUGCUUUCCAACAUUGGAGAGACUUAUUAUCAGAUUUUCUUUUUCAAAGAAUCUCCUCCAUUUCUCCCAUUUCAGGUGAUACAUAUUCAUUUUCUUCCAACAAAUAUCUCUGUUGUCACUGUAUUUCUCGUUUUACAACCAUCAGUGAUUUAACUUCCUCAACUUCACGGUAAUCUUCCUUCUAUAAGGCCCAAUUGAGUCUUUCAAAUUUCCGGCAAACCAUGGGAAUUCAGAGAGACAGGGUGAGGUUUAAUGUUGGAGGUAGGAUCUUCGAGACAACAGGGACGACCCUGGCUAACGCUGGCCGUAACUCGCUAUUUGGAGCAAUGUUUGACGAGAACUGGAACCUGCAACCCGACGGGGCCAGUGAGUACUUCAUCGAUCGAAAUCCCUCGUGCUUUGCCGUCCUUCUCGACCUUCUCCGGACCGGGGAGCUCCAUAUUCCUGCCAACGUACCUGAAAAGCUGCUGUACCGCGAGGCCCUCUUCUAUGGCCUGCACGACCGUGUACGGACUGCCAAGAGGGGUCAAUUUGAUGGAAACAGGCUCAAGUUCGCCGGCUCUGUAAUGGGUCGAGCACCCGGCGACGGCACGGCAAUCCGGGCAGGCCCUGAUGGAGGCUGUUGUGUCGCCCAUGGCAGCAUGGUGCACGUCUAUGACUGGAUGCUUGAAGAACACCAGCCAAUUAGUCUUGAUUAUCAGAGAGUGAACGAUGCUGGGUGGAUCGACUCUAACAACAUAGUGGUCAGUGCCUGCGAGAAGCUAGGCCAUGGGGAUGGUGGGAUGGGUCUGUUCAGCUCAUCCACAGGCGAGCUCAGGUACAAGUUUCAGGUGAGUCAUGAGAACCAGGUCAAAAGCUUCACCGCUGGAGCCUUGAGUUUCAGCCCAGAUUACAAGAUAUUUGCUAGUUGUAAAGGUAGGAGCAAUGAGUAUGGAAUUGGGGUAUGGGACCAGGUGACAGGGAAGCAGAUUGAUUUCUUUUAUGAACCUCUGGGUUGGUCCCUUGGUGAUGCUGACAAGCUUCAAUGGCUCCAGCGGGCUAACUGUUUGUUGGUUGCAACCUUGUUUCCAAGAAAGGACAACUGCUACAUCAGCCUGCUGGAUUUCAGAGACAGGAGGAUGGUCUGGUCCUGGUCAGACAUUGGGUUUGGGGCUCCUGUAACUGUAGAUGAAAAGAGAGUCCGUGAUGCCAUAGCAAUGGAGACGGCUAGUUCUAUUUGUGUGGUAAAUGAGUACGAGGACCUGGGUUUCAUGGAUUUAAGGAGCACAGCAGCGAGCGUCAGGUGGAGCUCCAGAAGCCGGUUGAUGAAGGGGAAGAUGCCUGAUGAGCCAUGCUAUCCGAAGCUGGCAUUGCAUGGAGGUCAGCUCUUCUCAUCCAUGAACGACUGUGUCUCUGUGUUUUCUGGCCCAGAUUGGGUGUUGACGUCUAGGCUCCGAAGGAGCUAUGGAGGUUCAAUCUGCGAUUUCUCAAUAGGAGGCGAUCGGUUGUUUGCCCUUCACAGUGAGGAGAAUGUGUUUGAUAUAUGGGAGACUCCACCUCCCCCAAUCCUGUGAUUCAGUGCAACUGUACAAGGCAGCUCCCUCAUUCCAUGUAAGUGCUUUCUCAUAGGUUGUAGAAAUCUUAGAGAUUCGAGUCAAGUCGAUCUAAAAUCUAAUAGGUUUGACACCCUUUAGUGAAUUUUGGAUUUUGAGCUUGUAUAGAGUUAUUCAAAUUUGUUACUCAGAAAUGAAUGCAACUAAUUGCUUAACCACC